AUAUUGAGAUGGUACCUCAAGAAUUGAUUCAAAUUGGCAGCAAAGUGACUAUGACAUGCAGAGCUAGCAGCACCUACACAUUAACCCGGUGUAAAUUCUACAUUUAUAACAUGGCUGUAGCAGAGAUUUAUGCAAACUCCACCACUGAGUCGGGGAUGCAGUAUGUUAUCGAACACGCAGCACUACAACAUGAAGGCGAGUACUAUUGUAUCUGCAAUGCAGAAGAAGAUCGACAUUCACUGUUUCCAACAAAUCCCAAUAUUCGUCUAGUACUAAAAGGACAUCUUGAAAAGCCUAAAAUACAAGUAAUAUUCAACAGGACAUCUGAGAUUCGCAAUAUGCUAACAAUUGAAUGCAGCAGCAGUAGCAACUACACACUGACGUAUUGUUGGUUCUGCAAAGAUGAUCACAUCAUGGGGUAUAGUUCACUCUUGUCCUUAGACCUAGCAGUUCAGUAUGAACUUAACUAUGUCGGAUCAUAUAAUGAAGGGCUCUAUUACUGUGUGUGUCACACUGCAGAGAAUAAACGUACUAGAACAAGUUUCCAUGCUCCUUUAAUCAUAAACAGUCAAGUAGAGAAGCCACAUAUGGAUGUGGAUGAAGUACAGAACGCCAUUAUAUGUGCCAGCAUAAACAAUGCUUAUAAUUACAAAUUCUGCAUUCUUUAUAAAAAUGGUCAGCACAUAAUGGACACUGCUCUUAGUUAUUAUAAAACUCCCAAUAACAGUGUUACAUUUUUUGUCUCUGAUUUGCCUGCUGGAAAUAACUUCAGCUGCUUGUGCUAUACAGCUGAAAAAUCAAGAUGGACUAACUACAGUUACGUGACCAUUGAAGGAGAAGCAGAAUAUUACUAUCAUGAUUAUGAGACUGAAUAUUACCUUGAAUAUGGAUAUAAAUAUAAACACAAAUACAAUUAUAUAACUAUAAACAUCGUCCGUCUGGGAUUUGGUUUCAUUGUUCUCCUCAUACUGGUUAUUUUUAUAGUAGUGUCAAGAUGUAGAUAG